CAGGGCCAUUUCUGGAAAGAGAGAAAAGAUGAAAGCCCAACCCAAGUGUUCAAAAACCCUAAUCAUAUAAAUUCUUACAUCUCCCAUUUUCCUGCUCCACCCUCACAGUUCAUAUAAGCGGUCGCUGCGAAAUCCCAAUCCAGAUAUGAAGAUCAUCGCGGCAUAUUUGUUGGCCGUUUUGGGAGGUAACACAGCCCCUUCCGCCACUGAUGUCAAGCGCAUCCUAAGCUCAGUUGGAGUUGAGGGUGAGGAUGAGCAGAUUGAGUUGCUCUUGAGCGAAGUCAAGGGAAAAGAUUUCGCUGAGCUAAUUGCCAGCGGAAGAGAGAAAUUGGCUUCAGUUCCUUCUGGUGGAGGAGCUGUGGCUGUUUCUGCUGCAUCUGGUGGCGGUGCUGGUGCUGCUGCACCGGCUGCAGAAGCAAAGGAAGAAAAGAAGGUCGAAGAAAAGGAAGAGUCUGAUGAUGAUAUGGGCUUCAGUUUGUUUGACUAGAAGAGUUGUGACACAAGAUUUUGAUCGUAGGUUUUUGUCGGUUUUGUAUUUUCAAUUUAGACAUUGUGAUUGAAUCAUAAUGCUUGAUAUAAUUUGAUUUUCUUGAUCUAUUGGGUUUUAA